AUGAGUGAUGUGUUAAAAGAAUGGCUCAUACAUCAAUUGGGUUUAGAAGUUCGUCCUUUUCAUCCCGAUAACAUUUGUGGCAAGUUUCAAAACGGGUUUUUGAUUGGAAAAAUACUUCAAAGUUAUAACGUCGUAAAUUCUAGUGAUGUUUUGUUGUUGGUCGAUGGAAAAGACGAAGAAACAAAAAUAUCUAAUUUCCGAUACGUCAGCGUAUGGUUGAACGCUAUAAAAAUUUCGUUAGACUCUGACACUGUUAACGGUAUAAUAUCAGGACAAAGGUCGGUCACUUUUGCAUUUCUUUACAGAUUGUGUUUUACUCUGGAGAGCCCGAAUAAUUUAAAUUUAACUAGACAUGCUAUUCAAGUAUAUAAUUCCUUCGGGAGCUUUGAUUUCUUAGGCAUAUCAGAUACACGGGAACAAAUUUACACUCCCAAACCAAAACACGGUAUACUUAUGCCGUUUUACUAUGAUGAUAAAUAUAUUGAUCAAAAUGCAUUAUCGUUUUUUGAAACAUCUAAUGAAGAAAAUUUAACUGCGUUGUAUGGCGAAAUAAACAAUUUCGAACAUAGUUUACCCGAAAAGUUGAAAAGCUGGUCAACUAGAGGUGACCAGACUGAUAUUAGGUAGGUAACGAGUAAAUUUAUAAAGGUCGGUAAUUCAAAUUUGUUCGUAUUAAAUUAUAAACAAAUUGGUGUGCUAUACCUAAUAGUGUUUGUACUAUGUACAAAUUAAUAUUAUUGUACAGAUCUUAUCAUAUCUUAUUAUCAUACAUAUCUUAUUGAUAUACAGUAUAUUUGUGUUUUAACCUAAUUAAAAUACUAUUAAUUUAUUUAUGUAUGUCAUGAGAAGAUUCUUAUCGGACAUCAAAUUUCGUGAACAACACUCAAAAAUUUACGAUUCAUGGAGAACGGAAACACUGAAUAACAAUUCGGACGUAAAAUAUCGUCGUAACCAAGAAGUUUUGCGAAACAAAUCCAUGCCAGACAAGCUAAUUUACAUGUCAAAAUACGAACAGUUAAUGUUAGAUAAAAUCAUUAACGCUCGGUUUAUUAUUAAAAAACGUAACGCGAUUUUUGUCAAAAAUGAAUUGCAAUUUAUCAACGAAUAUAACGUAGAGCACGAUGAUUACAUGAAAAUUAGCGAUGAAUUACGUUCACAAAUAAAAGAAGAGGUUAGUUAUGACUUGUUUGCAUUUUAUAGGAAACUAUUUGUUCGGAACACAUCACAUCAAAUGCGUCCCGAAUAAAAAUAUACACACAAAUCAUGUACCGCUAUUAUUAUAUUAUAAAAAUCCAGUUUUUUUUUUUUUUUAGUUUCUUGGAAAAUAAUUGCACAAUGCACAAUAUUAAAUAAAACUAAAACUUUAUAAUAAUAUGUUGAUAAUUCCUGCAUAAACUUUAUUAGUGUAUUAAAUAUAUUUACUAACUAGGAAUUUAGUAUAUAUACUUUAUGGCCUUGUAAACAAGGUAAGAAUAUUCCCUAAUUUCCGUGAUAUUUAUUUGUAUAAAAAAAAACACAUUAUUUAUAAAUUGAGCGUCCACCGAAAUGGCUAUCGAUAAUCAGGUAGAUUCUUAACUCCUAACGCUGUUGUGACGAUCUGUUAUUUCAGAUACACAGAAUAUUGUUUCUUCUGCGUUUACUACAGAGGGGUGUGCAAUUUUCCAUACAAUUGGACUUGUAGGAUACCACACCACAACUUUGAUUUCUGAUCAUUUUCAUUCUGCUUCGAACAUAGUCAUUUCACUUAUUCCAUACAGCUUUUUUUUUUAUUUGGUUUAUUUCCCCAGAAAAAUAUUUCAACGGCUAUGAAGUCAGCACACGGAUUUCACCCAAUCUGUUCAACAUGUAUUCCGACAUUUUGCAAGUAAUUUUCUAGAAUUUACGAGUCCAUUUUCCGAAUUUGCUAGUCAUUACUUUUCAUUUCAUGGGUGGACCAACUUCAGGUAGCCCACCCACCUUAUCACAAACAAUCGAAAAUGAUAUCAAAAUGUUUGUCUUAAUUUGCUAGAAUUUGCGAGUCCAUCUCCGAAUUUGCUAGUCCCUGAAAGCUGAGGUAUGAGAUCUUGCAUCGCUUUAAUCGUUUGAAAUAUUUUAAAAUUAGUUUUAAUAAACAUAUUUUAACAACAAAUUUCGCUUGAAAGGUGUAUUAUAUUUUUAUUCGUAACGGAACUCAUGUGUUCUCAUUUUGGUUGGAUUUAAUUUCAUAUUAAUUUUGUUUUUAAUAUCUACGCAUAAACGCAGUCAAUAGAAAGAAAUAUGCGACAAACGAAUAUUGAAAAUACAAAAAUAAUGAAAACCAUAGUUUGCGAUCUAGUCGAUCUCAGUGUCAAAAUCGGCUGCCAUAAUAAACAGCAUGAUGGUAACGUAAUCGCUAAAUAUAUGUGGGACAAUUGGAUCGAAAUGUUCGUUGAAGGGAGACCGCUUUUAAACGGACUAGACGAUAAACUUGGCCUUUUACUAGACCCUCAAUUUGUGUACGAUAAUAAACCGCGUUCUGAUGAGGAACUGAAAACCCAAACCAUACUCAAUCGCAAAGACCUCAAGCAAUAUUUGCAAAGUGUCGAAAGCUGGUCUGAACACGGACUUAACUUAAAAAACAAAUACGAUCCUUUUCGUAGUUCCCGCAUUCUCGGGUUCUACGUUUACGACGUAUUAACUUCGCUGUAUGCUCUACCAGCAUCGUUGGUGGAUAUCGAUGAUUCCAUAACAUUAAGCCCGGUCAAGGGGGUUUUUAACGGUGAAAUUGGCAAGUCUUCAACUGACAGACUCUGUGACGCACUCGUCUCUCGGAAUAUACUUCCCAUCUUAAUGGAAACAGCACUACGGUAUUGUUUAUACGCAUACUGUCGAGAAACCGAUAAUAAGGAAUUGAUCAAAAUAUUGGAAGAAAAUAAUAAUAUUCCUACAUUGGAUCUAGAUAGUAAUAAUUUUUCAUAGUAAAGAAUUCAGAGGGUCAAUUCUUGAAUCACUGUAAUAAUUUAUCGUAUUUAAUAACUAUCCAUUUAUAUACCACGCACGAUAAUUUAUUAUUAACUGUAUCGAUUCUUGAACCAGAAACGAAAAUAUAAAACGUGGUAUGUGAUAAUAUACUAAUGUUAUGAUAAUUUAUUAAAUUUUUACUCAGUAUUAUCAUUUUAUUAGUAUUAUCUAUCCUUUAACUGAGUUCACUAAUUCAUGUUAUUAUUAUAGAGAUCAUGAAUUCUUCAAAAUAAUAAAUUCUUGUUUCUUGUACCUAUUUACCUUACUUUUCUAUGUAGCUAUCUUUAUUACCUACCAAUUUAAAAUGGAAAACGAUGGAUGACUAUUUCCAACGGGAUACUGGUAGCAAAGAAAUUCAAACCUAUAAAUACCUAAAUUAUAGUAAGCAAAUGAACACAUAGAUUAAUGUGUACCUACAAUUAUUGUUAGAGAUAGAAAUGUAGGAUGUAUUUAUUUUCUUCUGUACAUUUAAAACAGAUUUUCUUGUUGAUUCUUUCAUACAUGAAAUAAGUAUGUUUUUUACAUAUCUCACUAAAUUUUAAUUUAAUCUAUAAUUUUUAAUAUAAAUAUUAUCUGGCAAUUAAAAAGCACCAAACCUUUCUUCUUGAUGGAAUUCUCUAUAAUUUAGAUAAUUUUUUUGUCGCUCUAGAUUUUCUAAUGCAGCUAGAUAAAACUCAACCAUUAUUAUCAUAAGGUAUUUUAAUGUUUUAUAUUAUUACAAUAUUGAAAAUAAUCCAAUGAAUAAAAAUAUAACAAGUAAGCUGUAAUUAAGUAGGUACUAAAUAAAAUACAACAUUUUUUAAUCGUGUAUGUACAUACAUUAUGACAUGAUGAAAUAACCGUGAUAACCAACUUCACUAGCAUGAUGCCUAGGGAUAAGUUAUCAUUAUUUUUAUCAAGGUAAAUUUUCAAAAAUGAAUUCCAGAAUUCCAAUAUACGAUAAUUUCGAUAUUUGUGUAAUAAGCAAUACUGUGUGAUGAAUAUAACGCGAGAUAAAUUAUCACAGUGAUUCAAGAAUUGGCCCCCUACUCAUCUUCAACUAAAAUGCCGUAAAUUACUAAAAACGUUUAUUUGUACAUUCUCUAAAAAUCACGAGACUCCGUACUUCUAAAAUUAGAAUAUACAAUUUUACCCGACAACUACAAUGAAAAAUUAACAAAUACGCAUAAAUAGUUUUCAAUAACUUAUCUUGCUUUUUAUUUCUAUACUACUCUGCAGUGCACUAAAUUAUUAUUUGUAUUGUGUUACAAAAUCUUGCCGUGUAACUUCAACAAUAUUUAAGGUGUAUUUAUCUAAUAUAUCCGUGCAUUUUUUAAUAUUUAAAAUAUAUUGACUGAUUAAAUAUUUCUUUUGUAUAAUAUUUUCGACAAAUGGCAUUUUAAUCUAAAAGAUCUGAAAUGUAUAAAUUUUUUAUUUUUAUUUUUUGAAAUAUAUAAAUUAAUUAAUUAAUGCAUCUCCUGGAGUAGUAUGUUAUGUGUAUUGUACGACCGGUUUCAAAUUAAAAAUUCCUCGUCAGAUAAAAUUACAAAGUAAAAAAGUAUAACGCGACUGAAUAUGAAAAAACAAAUGAAGGAAUACUUCAAAAAAGAAAAAAUUAUACAAAUGGUUGUUUUAUAUAGAAAACAUUUUUAUAAUUUUUUCUCAAUGUAUUCCUUCAUUUAUUAUUUCAUAUUCAGUCGCGUUUUCAGAUGACGGCGGCGUAUUAUUUUUUAUUUUAUUAUUUAUUUGUAUAUUUAUUUACGAAUUUUAACCAUUUAAUAAUUUUGUUUUUACUUUAUUGUUUAACCGUUUAAUUUACAGAGUUUUCAUAAAGAGAGGAAGGUAUAAAUUGAUGAUAUAAUGGGGUGCGUUCAUGUAGCUCGCUUAAACGCUUCUAAGUGAUUUUCAGCGCCACCGUACCGUUCGGUUUGGCGUUUGAUAGCGCUUAAACUACAACCAUGAUGUUACUGAAUCCGAGCGCUACGUCAUCCAUUCGAGCUCACAAACACUUAUAUCAUCGAGGUAGGGCAGCAAACGCUCAUAAGUUAAUCAAAUGAUAAUUUCUUAUACCUAUACAUUGAAAUAAGUGAUAAUUCUUUGACUAUAUUUUCACCCAAUAAUAAAUUAUUUUUCUUUGAAAAAUACGACCACGCGGUUUAGACUACGAUUUAUAUAAAUUUAUAGAAAUAAAAAUGUUUGAAAUACAUAACAUUUUAAUAAUUUUUAAAAUAACAUUGUUAGUCGUUGCAAUUAUAAUAACUAGUGAUAACAAUUAACAGCUGAUAACUGCGAUAAUCGUAUAAUCAAUAUGCUUAUAUUUGCGUUCGUCUUGUAAUCCACCUAGCAUUUAGCUAUAUGUCUUAAUAAACCAUAAUUCACUAAUGUUUAAUUCAUAAGCGUGAGAGUUGGCAUAAGUACCGUAAGCGUCUAAGCAUAUUACACGAACGCACCCAAUAUAUUAAUGACAGAUGAUCAAGUAAGGACGAUAAAUAUCCUGAAUUAUAAAUAACCUAAUACUAAAAAAAUUCUAAAAUUAAAUAUUUGCAUAAAAUCGAUUUUAUUUUACAAUUCUGUUACCUUUGAUCUACAGAAAAUUUCAAAAAUGCCAUAGAACAUAGCCUGAAUAUGAAUAUCAAAACACUUAAUGAUUUUGACCAAACGAAACAAACACAAACGCCAGAAAAAAUCAUCAAGCAUUACGAUUCAGAACGCAUACAAUGCGGAAAAAUUGUGUUCGUCAAUAUUUACAACGGUAAACCGAUACCGAAGUAUUGUCUCAUCGACUGUGUACUGGCUUAUAUGAAGUCAAAUAUUAUGCUCCAAGGUUUCGUGUUGAUAGGAUUUCCACGAGAAGAAUUGAUGAUAAUUGAAGAACGAUUAGCCAAAAAGCACUAUCCACCGUAUGGAUCCUAUGCCUAUAUGAAAAACAAUAUUUUAUCUAUAAUGGUUCCGUUUAAAGGACCGGAUCUAGGCGACGAAGGGAGAUAUAGAACUUCACUUUCGAAUUAUUUAAAAGUGAAUAUAAUAUAUUAGUAGUUUAUAUAUAUAUUACACUGGAGCGGUCAAACGAGGAGGAUGAAAGGAAUAUAUUUCCCAUUUUUCUCAAAUAUUUAUAAUAAUGUAAAGUUUAGUGUUAAUAUUCUAAAACCACCAUUAAUCCAUAAAAAAAAAAUAGUUUUAUGUUAAUAUAAUUUUCUUUUCAAGGUUCGACUAAUACGUAUAAAUUUCGAAUCAUUUAAUGUAUUACCAGUGGAUUUAAUAUUAAAAAAUAUCCAUAUUUUGGGUAGUAAAUAAUUUAAAUAACUGGAUAAAUUUAAAUGAAAUCGUAAAUAAAUUAGAUCUAGAUUAAGUGUGGAUCUAUUAAUGAUUAUUUAUAUAGAUAUCUAUAUUUAAUUUUAUUUUAUGUGUUCAUAUAUUCAUAUCCUUAUUUUAAUUGUACACAUAGACGCGUAACCAGAAAAUAUUUACUAGGUAGGCCAAUUUUAGGUGGGCACAUUAUUACUACAAAUUAAUUUUUCAAAAAACAAGCUUCCUUCACAGGUUCAUGCAGUCAACAUGCAUUAGUUCUAAUGUCUGGAUUUCUUCCACAAUCGCCUUCAUCAGCAUAUCUUUACAUCUUUUCUGUCAGCAUUUUAAAGUGUUUAUUAAUUCUAAAGUUAUGCUCUUGUUAUAUUCAAUCUACUUCUACUGCUAUUGAUAGUUAAAUUCUUAAAACUUCUGUAAAUAGUAACCUCUCUAUCGUUUACCAAAAUGUCUGUGGCUUUAGAACUAAGCUAUUUAACGUUAGAUCAUCUCUUCCUUCCUUUUCUGCGCUCAUUAACUGGUUCACUCAUUGGCUUUCUCCUGAUAUCUCCAGCUCCGAAUAAGGUUUUUAUGGGUUCAUUAUCUUUCGUCAAACUUGAAAUUCUUCUAAUAGUAAUUUCUCUCGUGGUAGAGGUAUUCUUUUUGCUAUUAAAAUGUAUCUUAACACCACAAAUUUCCUUCAAUAUUUUUGACGUUGAGCAAUAUGUCAUCUUUACUCUAGACUAAAUUAACGUAAUCAUUGAUACAGUUUAUCUUUCUCCUAAUGCUCCGGUUUUUUUUUUUUUGAACCUGUUGAGCAACUAAUAUCGACUCUUAAUCCAAUCUUUCCACUACUAUGUGUAGACUAUAGUAUACCUCAAGUAUCCUAGUGCAUGGAUCGAUUAGUAUCAAACUGUUCUAGUGGCUUAACUUUAUCUUCCUCUCUCCUAGUCGAUUAUUUUUCUUCUAUCAAUCUCUUCCAUUUAAGUUCCUGUAGUAAGCGAGAUAGAUAGUAGCUUUUUUCUAGACUAAUACCUUCAAUAUUAAGUUAAAAGAUGUUUAGCUAACGGCCAACAUCUCGGAUCAGAUAGCUCUGAGAAGGACUGAUUUCGUCUUCGGUGUUCAUGGUGUUCAUGAUAGCUGUGAAAUCGAAAAACAGUACAAGCAGCCAAUAAUGGUAUUUCUUUAGCCGUCUAUGAUGUUGCUAGGGUACACUACGUGAAAACGAUUUACCUUUGUAGCCCUAGUUCCUGGCAGUGACAGUCGUGGCACGCGGGAUAAACUUAUUAUUAAUUUGUAUUUACUUUAUAUAUAUCAUACGGGUCCCGGUAUCGUCGCGUGGGUAAACAAAUUGUCUAAGUAUUUAUUUGUGUAGAAUUCUGUUGUUAAGGAGACUACCGACUGCAAAAAAAAAUUUGUGGGCGUAUUUUUAAACUCGAAGUCAGGUUUAAGUCAAAUGAGUUAUAUUACACAAUAUUUAUGUCUUUUUAUUUAAAUUUAAAUAAAAAAUAAAAAAAUAUUCAAAGACUUUUUUAAUUUAUUUACAAGUUUGUUUAGCGUGAAAGUACUUGCAAAUGAUAGUGUUCAGACUCGUCCGAAAAGGCGUUCUCAGAGGCCGGUAUAUAUACCCUGGACCCUUUAGCUAGAUUUGCUUAGUCCGUGCUUUUCAGCAACAACAUAUUAUUGCGUAACUGGGUGAUAGCCUGCUCACUGAUUUAUAUUAUCACAAUUUAUAUUUAUUCAGUUUUAGAAGAAUUACACAUACACAAUGAAAUAAAGAAAAAAAAUUUAAUAGUAUUUUAAAUGUUCAAACCGAUAUUAAAAAAAAUAUCUUAUAUCAAUAUAUUUAAGAUAAUAAAUAAUAACCAAAUAAUUUAUAUUUCUUAACAUACGAUGUCUAAUAAUAACUAAUUUUAAUUAAUCUCUCCUAUAAAACAAAUUAUUUCUAUAUUUUAUAUAAAAUGACCAAUUUGAAUAAUUUUUUUCUACGUAUUCCUUCAUUUAAUUUUAUAUAUUCAGUCACAUUUUACAUUUUAACUGUGAUAUACCUGAUGAUGAAUUUUCAGUUCGAAACCGGUCGUAUAAUACACUUAUCAUAAUACUCCAAGUGACUCAUUAAUCCAUUUAUUUAUUUUAUUUUUAUUUAUAUAUUUAUUUACCAUAUAUAUUUUAUAAAAAAAAAAUGUAUUUAUGCGCUCACUGAAUGUGGUUAUAUUUUUCUUUUUUCCACAUAUAAUAUGUACAUUGUUAUUAUUUAUCUAUUUACCUUAUUUGUAUUGUUAUAAAAAAUGUGUAUGAAUGCACCGGCUCACUGUCAGUGCAAUGUUAUAUCAUGUAACAUUGUAAACUUGCUUCUUGCUACAAUUUUGGUGUAAAUAAAAAAUUUGUCUCAGCAUUGAACAUUACUGCUUGUGUAUAAUUGUUUAUUUUUUAAAACUUAAUAAAUUAAUAUACAAUUGCAACGAUGUGUAACCAAUUAGGUUGUCAACCGUCAGCCGUAAGGCAUACUCUCGUAUACUGACAAUGCCGAUCGCGGCAACGGUGUGUUUUAAUUUUUUUUUAACUUUCGUUUAGUGUUAUUAGUUGGUUUAUCUUAUCAGUCCCAUACCAAAGUGAUUAAAUUAAGCGACAACCACUGUACAUAUAUUAUAUCUUAAUAGUUAUAAAAAAAAAAAACUAUCGUAAAAUAAUCGUUAAAAAUGAUCCUUAUCGGGGGGGGGGGGAUGGNGGGGGGGUAUGGAUGAUUUUUGGUAGGGGGGGGCAAUAAUAAAAUAAUUUGACCAUCACUGAUAAUAUACAUAUAUUACUUAGAUAUUGAAAAUUAAUAUUUUAUAAAUCACUUAUUUUAGAUUUUAUCCAGUGAAAAUCCAUUGAAUGAAAAGUUCGAUGAUACAUGCAAGUACUACAAAUCCCAAAAAGUAUUAACAUUAUUACAGAUAACUGAGAAAAAUCUAAACUUUGAUAGUCGUAAAAUUAAAUUAUUCUGUGACGUAUUAGCCGGCGAAAUUGUGGAUUGGAAUGAAGAAAUCGAUUGGAUAAAUUGUGUUUAUAAUACGCAGUCAAUAGUAAGCGAUUUGCUUAAAACAGAUUCACUUAAAACUGAUUUUCCUAAAAUUGAUUCGUUAAUUUCGUCGAAACUACAAAAUACUAUUCCUAAAAGAGAAAGAAGGCAUGGUAAAUCGGAAUUCGAUUUUAUCGAUCAAUUAACCGCUAUAAAGUCUGAUAUGUUUACAAAUACAAUGUUCGGCUCAAUCCAGAAUAUACCAAAUACCGUAAUUGAAGUAGAAUCAGCAAUGUUCAAUGUUCAACUUAGCGGUAAUAUUGGAGUAAUUUUUGGGAACUUUUGGAAAGUAUUGGAAAACGAAUUUAUCGAGAAAAUGGAAAAAUGUUUAUUUCACAUACGAUUACUUUUAUCUGAACAAGAAUCUUACGUAUUUUUGAUCAGCAAAUAUAUGAAAGAAAUACUAUGCAAAGAAAAUAUCAAAAAAUUAGAACUCAUUAAACGAUUACAAACCGAUUUGUAUAAUAUACCCACCUACGCGUUGGAAAUUCCAGAUGUAACAAGACAAUCGCUUUUGGUCGUUUCUGAUGCAAAAGUUAUUUUAAUACAAUCGACCAAUCAAAAAAUCGACAAAUGUAAACAAUAUGUACAAAAUGACAAUACUGAGAGUUGGCUUGAAAAACAAUGCAACUCGAUGAUGAUGGUCUAUAAAUGUAUACUACAAACCGAGGUUUGGAUAUAUCAUAUAUUUUAUUUAAGAUGUUGAGCAAAGUGAUUUUACUAAAGAUUUUAAAGAAUCACUUAACCAAGUUGGGUUAAUUUGGGUAUUUUACCAUAAAACUCAAACAACCCAAAAUCAGCUAGGGUUUUUCAUUAAAUUAUUUUAGAGUGGGUUAUAAUGGGUUUUAUUUAGAAAAAAAAAACACUAUCUUCAUAAUAUAACCCACAAAAAAAUUAAUAUUUUUGUUUUACUUUUGACUUUGUUCUAUAACUUUUAAACUUUAUAGCUUUUUUAUAAAUAUUUUAAAAUGACCUAUUACAAAUUCCUAAAAGUUUAAUCCUGUAUCAUAAUCAGUUAAUUAGUUAUAUUAUAUAUUAGUUGUUUAAUAUAUUUAGAACAUAGGUGAGUAAUAAUUUAUAACUAAGUAAUAUACAUGUUUUCUUUUUCACCUUCAAUAAGGAAAACAAUUUUUAAAAAUUCAAAAAAAUGUAUUCAUUAAUUUAAUAAAAUAUAAUGGGUUUUUUAGGGUCACUGAGUGAGUUUUUUUUAGAAUGGCUUUUUUUAGAAAACCAUGAUAAAUUGACAAACUAAACCAUGUUUUGUAAUAUCGUUUUGUGGUUUUUUUUCUGUUUAUUAAGAGGAUAACGAGAAUAACGUCUAAGUAGAGUAUAUGAAAUAGUACAAUUUAAAAAUAUUUAUAUCUUACUUAAAGAUGUGAAGGAACUGUUUUCAAUUGGUUAGUGGAGCUUGAAGACUUCUAAGAGAUGGGAACAAAAAAGUUCAGCUUUCUCUUUAUCUGAUUUGCACCAUGUACCAUCGGGUUUUUUUAGAGCAGUUAGGGUAGGCUUAUGUUUUAAGCAGUUACGUGUUGCUCUCCAGAGCGAGUUGUCUUUUGUCGUUAGGGAUGAGAUCCAGUUAUUGUAAAGUUCAUUCCUUAUUUGUUGAAGUAUACGUUUAAGUGACGAGGUUAGUUUAUUGUAAGUACUUUUGUUGGAUGGGAGUUUUGUUCGUUGCCAACGGGCCCUGGCUCGUCGCCUUUGGGUUAUUAGUUCACGGACAUGUGCAGGAAUCGAUAAAUAGUUAUGGUUAUUAUUUUUUUUUGAUUGGGUCGUAGAGUUCCAUGUAGCAGACUGAAUGAUUAGAGUAAGAUUAAGUACUGCGUCGUCAAUACCAUUUGGACAUUUCGGACGUACGUUUAAUUUUAUACUUUGGUUUUUAAUGUCGCGAAAUUGUUCCCAAUUCAUUAUUCCAUUUAUUAGUGAUGGAUUACUAGGUUGAAGGUGGGGAGAGGCAUCUAUGCAUAAGAGGAUUGGAGAGUGAUCGGAAACGGAUCUAAUAAGUUUUUACCAAGUAGUUUAAGUUUGACGGUACUUAAGCUACUAAUAUGUCUAGAAUAUCAGGACGUUUCCUUGGUGAUGAUGGCGAGUAUGUUAGGUUAGAAGGGGCAAGGAUAGAUAAUUGUUUGUUAUUGACUGCUUUUAGUAGAGAUUGUCCUUUUUGGUUAGCUGUAUGGCAACCCCAUGAUUGGUGUUAAGCGUUUAAGUCGCCGCUAAUGAUGAACUAUUGACUAAGAGAGUUAAAGAAAUUUUCAAAUUGUGUUUGCGUAAUUUUGUGUUUUGGCGGGCAAUACGACCCCACUAUAAUUGCACAUGAUUUAGUUUUAUGUUUAUAGCUGCAGCUUGGAGGAAGUCUUCAUUUAUACUGGGAAGGGGGGUAAAUUAUAUGGGUGACUUGAUGAGAAUCGCUACACCUGCGUGGGCCAUGUUAUCUGGGUGGUUUGCUGGGAUUAUGGUGUAACCGGGGAUUGAGAAUUUGGUAAAGGAGGUAAAAUGGGUUUCUGAAAUUAUAGCUAGAUCGAUUCUUUUUUCGUUUAGAGGUGUUAUUAGUUAAUUUUUGUGGUUUGUAAGGCCGUUAGCAUUCCGUAAUAGGAUGACUAAGGAUUGUGAAGUGAAUGAAUUACUUGACAUUUUGGGAAAGUAGGCGGUCAAGGACGGUGGUGAGGAGUGAUAAAAAUGGAUUUACCAGAGCUUUAAAUUCAUUAAUAAAGUUAGUUAGAGCGAGAUCGUUAGGUUGAUCUACAGGGGGAGUAUGCAGGUUUUGGUUAUUUGUGGCUUGAGCGUAAGAACGAGGGGGUAGUGAGAAGGGAUUAGCUACGAGCGUUGGUUGCUGGGUGAUUUUACAAUUUGUGUUAUUUGAUUUAUUUAUAUAUUGAUUGUUUUUUAAGUGAGUACCUUGUCUUUUUGAUGAUGAUCGAAGUUAUUGAAUUUAUUAGUAGAUUUGGCAGCCUUUAUAGUUGGCCGGGUGGUCUCCUUUGCACAGGGCACAUGUGGCAGGUGUGUCUCUAGUUUUCACACAGCUGGUUGAUGAAUGGUGUUCACUAAAGCGAACGCAUCUCGGUGGGUAGGCACAGUAUUUUCUGGAGUGGCCAUACUCUUGACAGUUAAAACAUUGCACAAUGUCUUUCCUUAUGUGUGGUUCUUCAAUUUUUACUCUUGUGUAGAGUAAUGAUGUUAAGUUAAAAAUUUCCUUAUUUAUUUCUGCCGGUUCGAGGUCGAUAAAAAAUAUAGGUAGUUUAUCUUUUGUAGUCUUGUGGAUAAAAUUUGUCACUUGGCGUACUGUGAAUCCUUUUUCUUCGAUGGCUAUUCCUAUGUCAACCGUUGGUGUAAAUGGAUGCAGGUUAUGGAUGACAGUAUGAUAGGAUUUUUCUUCUCUUAGUUGGUAAGUAUGGUAUUGCGCCUUAUUUUCUUUUAGGAAGUGGAUAACGACUCGAUAAUGGUCUGGUUUAGUUGUUUGUAUUUGUAAAUCGUUAGUCGAUGAUUUUAAAAAAAAUGUUUUCUGAACCAAUUAGCCUUAGAAGCUUAUUCGGAAACCAAUAAAGUCAAGGAUGCCACGGACUAUUAUUGGAGGAGGUAAAUUUGUUCUACUUGGUGCAUCUUCGGAGUUUACAGUAUUGGAGGGGGUUUGUGAUGAUCAGGGGGUAGGAUAUGUUCGGUCAUUGGUAAAUAAGGUGAAUCUAUUUUUAGUUACAAAUAUACAUUUUUUUUUUAUUUGCCUCUUGGUCGUCGGAUUUUGAAGUAGAGAGAUGACGUUUGGUAGUUUUUUUUGGUGUUACGAAGUCAUCAUCAACUAUUUCUGUUGAAUCAUUGAACACUUCACUGGAUACACUCUGUAUACUGGUGUUUCUUGAUUGGGUUUUUUCCCUAUAAUAUUUAACAACUUAUCCAUAGAUUUUUUUUGUUUGUUUGUUUGUUUGUUACGGCUUAUAUUUUUUACCAUAACUAUUACUCUAAUAGAUAAACGAUAAGAGAACUUUUUCGUUGCAUUUUUAAUUUAAUUUAUGAAUAAGUUAUUCGUUUUUGGAAUUUCUUGGUUUUAUUAAUAAUUAGGAAAACCAGAAGAAAACGUAAAAUAAAAACUGAGAAAUAUACGGUGUUAUGCUUUCAUUAUUUUACAUUUUUACGGCUUAAGUUUUCUACCAUAAAUAUUGCUCCAAUAGAAAAAUAUUAAAAUUAUUUUUUUAUUGCAUUUUUAAUCCGAGUUUCCUAUUAUAAGAUAAAAUUCGUUAAAAAUAAGAACAAUUUUAAUGAUUUUAUGGUUAUAAUUUCAAUUUCAACUUAUCAAAAGAUUGUAUUUCACUCAGAAUCGAUUUUCAAUUGCAAUGAUUUAUCACUGCAUACAUAAUAAAAUAUUAAUUACACUAUAUCCUAUAACUAUAUUGUAUAAUAUUACUAUACUAUGCUAUUUUCUAUAAAUCGACAUUUACAUCAGAAUCAAUUAUAUAGAUCGAUCGCACUGUGAAUAUAUUGCGUUUCAUUAACUCGUAUAUGUCUAAAUUAUAUAACCAAGAAAUACCCAUAUCGAUAAUUCCAAAACAAAUUGAAGUCUCACUGAAUAAAAAUAUUCCAUCGAAAAUGAAUGUGGUACAAAAUUCGAACAAAAAUUCUGAAAACGUUAAGAAGUUUAUCGGCACUGUACAACUAUUUGCCGGUAAAGUUAAAGCUAUAUUUACUACAACGUCCGAAUGGCUAGAAGAAACUAAGGAAGCCAACAAUAUGAAAUCGUUGGAGAAUCUUAAUUCCGUUUAUUUAAAAAUAUGGAAAUCAUUGGUGGAAGCAGAAAAUUGGAGAUCAGCCUAUCAGUUAAAGUUGAUAGCAGCCAGAUUUCAAACAGAUAUUAAGGUGAAUUAUUAUAAGUACAACUUAAAAGUUUAAUAUUUUUAUUACAGGGGAGGUAGAUUUCUGUAAAAGUGACUUUUUUGAGAAAUCUAGGUGCUCUUGAAAAGAUGAAUGAAUUAAAUUAAGAAGAUUAGGCAAAACGUAUGAGAUUUUACUAAAAUUACGUAAGAAAAAAAAAGUUUCUGAAAAUCUCAUAUUUGAUAAUGGUUGAAAAUUUUGUCUAAUAGGAAUCAACAUAAGUAGAGAAUACAAAGGAUCAAUACUAUAUGAUGAUUUAUCAUCGAAAAGGGGUAUUUGUAAUCAUUAUCCUUCCAAGAUUUGUAUUGGAUUGUUGGAUAGAAUAGAUAUAACGAAUUAAUUAAAUAAGUAUGAUGAAAUAUAUGAAAUCAAUAAUAAUUUCCACCAAAAUUACCAUGAGAUUAAAUUCACGAGAUAUGUUCACUAAUUUUUCAAAACAAGCUUAUUAUUAUGAGUUAUUUCUAAUUAAUAUUUUGUGAAAAAAAAUAUAUGAGACCUUUAAAUUGAGUUUAUUCGUUCUGUAAUAUUAGGAAAUGGAAAGUGUUUUCUUUGAGUAUCGAUCCAAUAUAAACCAACGAAUAGACAAUCGUUUACAACACGAGCUCAUCGGAAUCGAACGUAUUUGUAAUUUAUUUGAAACCGCUAUUCAAGAGAGAAGAGUCGUUCGUAAUGAAAUUAUACUGGAUGACGAUUAUUUUUAUUUGAAUCCUGAGAACAUAUUAAAUCCGAAACAUCAGCCAUCACAACCGUUUCCACUUUUAGAGCCAGACGACGAUUUAUGCGUCGUGAAAGUUGCAGAUUUGGAAAUAGUCACAAACCAAUUAUGCACGAUUUGUCCAGAUAGACGCAUUCCGAUAAUUUACUUCUCCAACUGGCUAACAAACUCCGUAAAAUAUUUUCCCCAAAUCGAGUAAGUUUAUUUAUUAUUAUAAAAUAAUACAAAUGAAUAUAUACAUAUAUAUGCAUAGUAGUAUUAUGCAAAUGGUUCAAUAUUUUAAUCUAUAUAGUUCGUUUAAUAUGACUACUCUGGUAUUGCGUUCUAUGUUUGGAUUUAACGUAAACUAUAUUGAUUGGACCGAUUUUGUAAUGCACUGUUUGGAACUUACUUAUCCUGGAAUCAACGAUUUGUUGGAUCUUAAAAAACAAUACGCAAGACAGAAGAAAAUACAAGAAAAAAAUUCCGAUCAAAUUCAUGUUGAAGGUUAGACUACUUGUUAACAGGACAUUUUAAUUCGUUUUGGAGACAUUUUGUUCCAGAUAGAAAAUUUAAUUUUUUUUACAAAAAUUCAAAAUGCCACCUUAGAAAAAAAAAACUGCUUAAAUUAAAUGCAAAAUUAUUUUUAAAUUUGAAGCGUAGCAUUCUAUUAGCUAUGCCAGUGUUUCCCAAAGGGUGUGCCGUGAAAUUUGAGUGGUGUGCCGCGACAACUUGAAUUUUUUGUUAUAAAAAAACGUAAAAUGAUUUUUUUCAAAAUAUUAAAAUAUAUAAUACAAAUAAAAAUAAUUAAUAUAAAAAUUAACUUUAAAAUUACAAAAAAAAAGAUAUAAUUAUAAAUUUUAGUGUGAAACGUGUGCUUAAUGUUGUUUGCAUAAUAGUUCAAUUCUAGGAGGGAUCGACGAUAAACACACUCGCAUUUCUUGUUCAACUGAUAAAAGUCGUUCACGUUUCUUAUUUUUAAUAUUUGUUAGAGCGGAAAACCCAAGUUCACAGAGGUAUGUUGUAGAAAAUGGUAAUAAUAUAUUUAUUGCAAUUUCUGUAAUUAUCGGAUACUCUGUUUUAAUAAAACUUCAAAACUGGAACAGUUUAAGUUCAUUAAAUUUUAAUUUCAAUGAACGCUCAGAUUGAAGUUCUAAAAGUUGUUCUUGUUCAACUAAUCCUAGAUGUGAUAUUACAUCUGAUGUUACAGCAAAAGGAUUCCGCACCCAAUCAUAUUCGUUAAUAGGCAAAGAUGGGAAGUAAUUUUUCUUUUUUUCUUUUAAAAUUAUGAGAUGAUUUAUUAUCAAAUCAGAUGUUACUUCCCCAUCUGGAUCAACAUCUGCUGUUAAUGGAAACAUUUGCAGUUGUUUUUUUUCUACGUGUGAUAUCCAAAGAUUAAUUUUCCGUAAAAACCCAUUUAAUUUAUCAGACGAUGUUAAUAUGUUUUCAUGUAUAAUUGUACAUGUAUAAUUCAUGUAUAAUAUAAUUACAUACAUUUUGUAUGUACUUGACAUCAUUUAUUGUAUUAUCGACAAAGUGAUAUUACUUGUCAUUGUUUGUGUUUAUGCUAUAAAUGAACUUCUGGACGAAUUCCCAAAUAUGGUCACAUUUAAAUUAAGAACAAACAAAUUCUUGAAACAGAUAUCUACAGCUUUUAGAAGUGUUUCAAUUUUAUAUACAAAUUUGUUAAUAACAACAUAUGACUCUAUUAUCACUAGGUCAUUAUUCGGAUAAGGGCAAGGCAAAGUUACACAUGGUUAAACAGUUAAUCCAUAUUUAUUAGCUUUAGUUUCUUUUUUAUCGUAAAUUUCUUUUAACUGAGCAACGUUCUGUAAAAUAAAUAAUGAAAAUUAUAAUAAACAUUUUGUUAUAAUAUUAUUAGAUAGGCAAUUUAUUACCCUUCCCUACUCAUCCGGUCUAAACUUUAAACUGUUAUAAUUCAUAAACAGUAAAUCUGAUAUUAGUGUGAUGCAUAUCAAAAUGUCUAGAAAAAUAUUUUUUAUUCAAAUCUGUGUUCAAAAGAGGUGGUUCCUUUUUGAAAAUUAAAAGUAUGCACUUAUUUAAGGUAUAUGGUGUAGGGGUAAAAAUUAAAAAUUGUUUUAAAAUAAAGCUUAAACGAUUUCAUAAUGAUCAGAAAAAACAGAAAUCAAAUUCACUCAAAAUCCUCUGAGAUAAUUGCUGGUUUAUGAUAAAAAAAAUCACCAUCUUAUCACGAUUUUAACUUAGUUAAGCUGAUGAUUUUUAGACUUAUAUAGUUUGAUUGUAAUUCUACAUAAUAUUCAAAUUACAGUUUAAAAAACAAGUUCUAUUAUAAAGGUUGGUACCUAUUCAUAUGGACCAUGUGGAAACAAUUUACACCCGUAUAAAUAAAGCUUUUAUCUAUGAAUAUAUAAUACAAAUACAGGUGCAUUAUACAAUUUUUCGUACCAGGGCCCCACAAAACCUACAAUUAAUAUAACUAACUUACAUACUAGUGCCGUAUAUCAAAAAUAUGUCAUACAACUUACUAUAGUGUCACCGUGUAAACUAGGCUUAACAAAAUGACUGAGAAGUCAUUUAAAAAUAAUAGGUAAAUAUACUUUAUUUAUUUUACUUACCUUUCUCAGAAGCUUUGGCUUAAUAAGUAAAUAAUUACAACAGCUUACUCGUGCAAUCAACAGUUCGCAGCUGGCAGGUUAAUUUAUACAAAUAAUAAUAUUGAUCGCUGAUGAUAAUUAAUAAUAAUCACCUAAAUAGGUGUUUUAAUAAACGUGAUUUACAGCGGUACGGCACAAACCAAAAAUACAAAUAAGUAAUAACAAAGUUGCAUUUAGUGUUUGUUAGGCAACGGAAAACAAAUUUAAUAGGAAGUGUUAACGUGCGGGUAGUGGGCAUUUAAAAGAGAAUAGUUGCAAGGAAUACGGUAACAGUCUUUCACGCUUCUUGGGAGACCGAGAAACUUAUAAAUAGAAACGAUUAACUAUUAUUUUAACCCAAAUUCAAUAGCUGACUUAUCGUCUACCUAUUCGUUUGUGGUUAAAUGUAUUAAAUAUUAUAUUUAGAUUUGUAUUGAACUUAAUGUAGUUGUAAUAUAAAUAUUUGUUUGCCUAUACUCAUCUAGUACAUACUUACACUUAAUUAAAAUAGUUAUGGUGGCUAAUAGACAACUUUACCUAAAAUAUAGCAUAUCCAACUAAAAAUGAAUCAGCUAUUUACCAACACCACAUUAUUUUUUUUCGUGUAUGAUUUCAUCAUAAGCACUCCGUGAUUGCAUGUUUUCUUCGUUUGGUAAAAAAUAUUUCCCGACAAAAUGUAGCCCUUCAUUCCGCAGAGGUCUGUCCUUGGAGCCAACCCUGUGGAAUGUCAAAGGCAUCUAUUUUCCCAAUAUUAUUGCUCCUAUGUAAAAAUACUAUUUGACAGUUAGUAUGUUCGUUAGAGACUUCACGUUAUUUUACAACCUUAAUAACAUUUUUCCAGUCCAUUAAACCGUCUGUGGCAAGUUUGGUAGAACAUCCAAACAUUCAACAGAGAAUACAAAAUAAUGCGUUUUUAUUAUGAGAAUAAAUUAAACAUUUUCGAAGCUGUUGUUGAAGCUCCAUUUAAAAGUUUCCGAUAAAAUACACUUUUUUUAAAUAUCACGUUUUAUUUCCAAACUUUUAUUUUGUUAACAAUAAAUCAUAGUCAAAUUUUGUUUUAUUUCUUUUAGUAAUAAGCGAUCAAUUGUCAAAUCAUUAAUUACCCAUUCUGCAGGAUCCUUGCUGAUUAAAUCGACUAUUGGUACAUCAUCUUUUUCAAUAGUAUUAUUUGAAAAACUUUCUGAGAAUGUGACGUUUUGAAUAUAAGUGAUGUCCGUAGUGAUGUCUGGUACCCGAGUUUGAACAACUAGUGAGCGUUUUUUUGUAUAGUGUCAACUUAAUUUGAAAUAAUGUUUGGAUUAUUAAAAAAAGAAUCGAUUUGUAUGGUUUUUCGCACUAGGUUAUUUAGUUUAUUUUUUUUUCUUCCGUAAUUUUUUAUACUUAUAUCCACUUAAACGUGAACGACCGUUACUCAUUUUACUAGUUUUAUUAAAAAAGUCACAAAUCAAAAUAAAAAAAAAUCAAAUAUCAUACAAAUUAGGAAAGUGUGAACUUCAUCUAUACUAAAAAAAUUAACUGUGAACACAUAGUACGUUACUAUAAUACUAUAGAACAUACCACAUGAGCUCGUUCGCGAUUGCAUCAACUAAUGAUUGGGUUUUUAUUAAGUAUUAUAUUUUGUGAUAAGGACACAGUGCAGAUAUGAUUAGGUACAGAUAAACACACAAUCCUCAACCCAUGUUAUAUUAAUAAUUUAUUUUACGAUCGUCGUAUCCAUUUGUAUGUUGUCAAGUCGUACAUAUACAACAUGAUAACAGAAACUUUAUAAAUAAUGCAGCAAUGUUAUAAAAUAGGGCGAUAAACUCUACGAUUUUAAAAUUGGAAAACAGAAAAUAUAAAUAUUACCAUAAUUCCGUUGGUCAUAAAAACAUUUUAUAAUUAGUUGCAUUUUUUAGUUCUAGUUACAUAUAAUAAAAAUGUAAUAUUAAAAAUUAUUUGCCGCCGUAAGUACUAACUUAUAGUGUUUACUAGAAAAUACGGCAUUGGGUAUUCAAUUUCAUGUAUGAGGAAUAUUACUGUAUACGGCUCGCACACGUUGUUUACGGAAUGCGCGUGUGGACACGUAACAGGUCUAAAAAACAAAUUUGGCUUUCAAGUAUUAGUUUUUUUUCAUAAACGGUUUUAAGAUAAAAUUUUGAUAAAAAUUGUAAGAAUUACGGAAUUUCAAAAUAUGUCUUACUAAAUUUCGCUUCGAAGCUUCAUUUUUCGUUAGCAACGGUUUAUCUUUACAUACAGAUAUAAAUUGAAUAAUUGUAUGUAUCCUACCUUCCAAUUUCCCAUCUACAACAGUAGCUGCACCCUUCCCCAAUAUCAAUAAUUUUUGAUUUAAUUAUUUAGUGCAAUCUUAUAAUAAUAUUUAUGUAAUUUAAUAUAAUUACAAUUUACAAUUUUAAUAUUUCAAACAAUUGUAUAUAUUUGUUUUUAGGCACCAUAGACAGAGAUGGAUUCGAUUCUGUGCUGUUAUGGUAUGAGAAAAAAUUACCGUCCAGUCCUUCGAUUUAUUUACGAGAUUUGAAAAUUAAAGAUUUACUAUUUAUGAUAUUUUCGACUGAUGACGGCAAAUUUGAUUACAUAGCCAUGUUGUUAGCCUUGUGCAAAGACAACAAUUCGACAACGGGUUUGAUAAAAGCUAUCAGUUUAUUAACAGAUCAAAAUAUACUCGAUCGACAAGAUAUUUCUGCAGCUGAUGAUGAUCAUUUAAACAAAAAUCAUUGUCUGAAAUUGCCCAUGGAAACCGUAUACAACACAUUAAUUAUUUGCCUCAAAAACUAUAUGGUGGGUACCUAUUUUAUAUUAUAUUUUAGAUUUUAAAAAAAAGAAAAAAUCCAUUGCUUUUAAUAAGAUUCAUUUUUUUUUUUUAUUAUUGAAAUGAUUUAACAUUACUUUCAGUAUAUAAUAUAAAUUACUACAUAUCAUAUAACACCAAACUUUCCAUUACAACAGAGGCCUAUUCAUUGUGUAAAUUAUUUAAAUUCAUAUAUUUUAAUAUUAUUCGCAGGCUCCGGACCAAAGUGACAUCAAAGAAUUAGUAUCGUCUCUGUUAAAUGUUUCCAACAGCGGUGAUGGAUGUGAUUCUAUGUUAGACUUGUUUAAAAAUGACAUAAUCAAAUCUCUAUCCGAAACCGGCCAUAGAUUUAACUCGAGAUCCUUAUCUAAUAUUUUUAAAAAUCUUAAAUAA